UAUUACGUGUGCUCUAAGUGAAAACCCAGGGAGCUCUUCUUCGUUAACCACUUUUUCUUUUUUAAAGUGAAAACAAAAUUGUUUCUUACAAAAAAGCUUCUGGCUUUGAGAACUAUGAAUUGAAGAGUUGGUUUUUCUAAGGUGAGAGUGUAAUGGGUUAUUGUUGAAUUUGGUUUUUAUUUUGAUGGGAAUUUGUUAGAGGAAAGAGAUGAGGAAAUCGUUUAAGGACUCACUCAAGGCUCUUGAAGCUGAUAUUCAGUUUGCCAAUACCCUGGCUUCUGACUACACAAGAGAAUACGACGGUGCCUGCCUUCAAAUGAGAUUAUCCUAUAGUCCAGCAGCUCAUGCUUUUCUUUUUCUUGUCCAGUGGACUGAUUGUCGCCUGGCUGGUGCACUUGGAUUGCUUAGAAUAUUAAUAUAUAAGGCAUAUGUGGAUGGAAAGACCACCAUGUCUAUUCAUGAAAGGAAAGCUACUAUAAGAGAAUUUUAUGGGGUGAUAUUUCCCUCUUUAUUACAACUUCAAAGAGGAAUUACUGAUGUCGACGACCGGAAACAGAAAGAAAUUUGCGCGUCAUACAGAAAGAAAGAUGAGAUGGACAAGGGAAAGUUCUCUGAAAUUGAUAUAGAGAGAGAAGAAGAAUGCGGUAUUUGCAUGGAGAUACAAACUAAAAUCGUUUUGCCCACUUGCAAUCAUUCAAUGUGUAUGAAGUGUUAUCGCAAUUGGCGAGGACGGUCUCAUUCAUGCCCGUUUUGCCGCGACAGUCUCAGGAGAGUGGAUUCAGGUGACCUCUGGAUCUACACCAGCAAGAAUGAGAUUGUUGAUUUGGCCUCCAUCUCAAGGCAGAAUUUGAAGCGACUUUUUAUGUACAUUGAUAAGUUGCCUCUCAUUACUCCAGAUCCAAUGCUUGUUUCUUAUGAUCCUCGCUGCCGGUGAGGGCUUCUUUAAAGCGAAAAAUUGUAUAUAACAUGAUAUCAUCUGGUUGGUUGUACAUAAUUCAUGAUUCCCAUUUCCUCUGUAGGUGAUUUAGAAACUGUAAACAUUUGUUGAUUGCUGUUGGCUUGCUUCAACAUGAUGCCUCUGGAUCAUGUUUUGUUCAUUGGAUUACAUUAUAAUAUAGUCAAAUUUAAUUUGUGAGCA